AUGAGCCAGGACGAGAGAGGCAGGACCCGGCAGCCGCCGCCCCCUUCCCCGGCUGGGGCAAAUGGGGAGGGGGAGCGGGAAAGAGCCCUCCCUGGGGCUGGUCGGCCUCUUCCCCUCCCCCUCCCGGCUGGCCCAGCCAUGCCCAAGAUGGACGCUGGGAUCCAGCCCCUGGAGCUCGGGGAGGCCGAUGCCAGCUGGGAGCUCAUCCGGGACAAGGUCAUUGAGGAGCGCUUUGGGCCCACGGUGGUUCCCGUCCCCUUCCUGGAAGACGCCGCUUCCUACGACCUGCUGACGGUCCUGAUCAAGAAGCCGCAGGUGGGGCAGAGCUUCCUGCGCCGGCCGCGCUGCCUGGUGCCAGUCGGGCCCCUGGAGAACCUGCUGCACGGGGCCACAGCCGCCCGUGAGCUGACCCACUGCACCCGCGAGUACAACGCCCGUGUGCGGGGCGAGUCCCGCUACGAGGAGACGCGGCUGGUGGACGGGGCCCUGCGCCACAUCUGCCUGACCAUGGCUGGCGUCCACAAGAAGGUGGCCUUCCUGGUGCUGCGGCCCGGCACGGUGGCCCUGCGGCCGGACCUGGCGUGGCUGCACACCCAGAGCAGCCUCUACGUGAUCUACGAAGUCUUCUACUGCGGCAGCCUCAGCCUGGCCGUGGCCCAGGGGGAGGAGCACCGUACCCUGCAGCUCCAGCAGCCCCUGCCCGUGGCCUUCUCCUGCCUCAAGUUUGCCCUCAACAGCAAAGGGGUGCUGGGCUCCCAGAAGCCCACGGGCCACCACUUGCCCGCCAAGGCCGCGUGGGUGAAGAUGGCCAUGCUCGAGGCCCCCGCGCCAGCCGUGCCCCUGCAGCCCCCCCUGCCCAGAGAGCGCGUUGGCAGGCGCAGCAGCUGGAGGCCCUUGGCCAGGCCCUCCCGCAGCUUGGCAGGGAAGUGGCCAUUCAGACGGCAGCAGUCCCAGCUGGGAGCCUCCACCGCCAGCCUGGGCGACCCGGACAGGAACUCCAUGGCCCUGCCCCUCCUAGACAGCAUCCUGGUGGAGAGCGACACGGAGGAGUGA